AUGACCAUGGAUUCCGGUCCGACGAGCGGGCCGAUCGCAGCGCGCCCUGUCGUCUCGAGUGGGCCACUGAUGACGAUGCCGCUGCCUGCGGGCUCCACUACCACAACGACGACAGCCACUACACCGGCGCCGAACGGCGCCCACACCCUGAACCCCGGCGUGGUGAACGGUGCCACGGCGCCGCGCGGCCAACACCUGUGUCACGGCUGCGGGAAACGCAUCGGCGACCGCUUCCUCCUCAAGGCCCUGGACGUGUUCUGGCACGAAGACUGCCUCAAGUGCGGCUGCUGUGACUGCCGCCUCGGCGAGGUCGGCUCCUCGCUGUACACCAAGGCCAACCUCAUUUUGUGCAAGCGCGACUACCUUAGUCCGAAGAUGACCAUGGAUUCCGGUCCGACGAGCGGGCCGAUCGCAGCGCGCCCUGUCGUCUCGAGUGGGCCACUGAUGACGAUGCCGCUGCCUGCGGGCUCCACUACCACAACGACGACAGCCACUACACCGGCGCCGAACGGCGCCCACACCCUGAACCCCGGCGUGGUGAACGGUGCCACGGCGCCGCGCGGCCAACACCUGUGUCACGGCUGCGGGAAACGCAUCGGCGACCGCUUCCUCCUCAAGGCCCUGGACGUGUUCUGGCACGAAGACUGCCUCAAGUGCGGCUGCUGUGACUGCCGCCUCGGCGAGGUCGGCUCCUCGCUGUACACCAAGGCCAAUCUCAUUUUGUGCAAGCGCGACUACCUU